AUGGCAACACCACAGCACAAACAACGGCCAGGUCUGGUGUUGCUGAACCAGAACCAGAAGCAGAAGCAUUCGGACCAGAACCUGGAUGAGGAACUACCAGGAGGUUCUGGUGGAGCUGUGACGUCACACCAGGCGGGCUGGUCACAUGACGUCAGGGCUAAUGCUGCGUUCACACCGAACGCGUCUGACGCUUCAGGUCGGAUGAACGCUGGACUAUCGGCGCUGUUUCCGUCUCACGACCCCAUCGGUGCCUGCGCAUCUCCUGGCAGCCGCUACUACGUCACACAGCAGAGUCUCUCUGAUUGGUUCAUGCUCCGGGUCCACGGCAAAAGUUCAGAUUUUAUAAACUCCGUCGUCGGCCUCAAAACUCUCGAAACGCUUCAGGCGUCGCGUCCUGGACGCGCUCGAGCUCUGCCUGCAGGCGCGACCGGAAGGAAUGCUGACAUCAUCAUCAUCACCUUCAUCAUCACCUUCAUCAGCCUCCAUGUUUUGCCUGCAGGCAGACCUUAUUGUCACCGUGUGCUCCAGCUGAGGCCCCGCCCCUUUCCUACCUGCCCUCCAGGUGUGCUGGGAGCCUCGGAGCUCGCCUUCCUGAUGGAGCCCAGGGACGUGAUCGCUGUCAGGGACCGCCCCCUGAUGCUGCACUGCCAGGUAGAGGGGGAGGGGCCCGUCAGCAUCACCUGGAGGCGUAACGGCGUUCCCAUAGCAACCGGCGACAGGGCGGCGGUGCUGGCCAACGGCACGCUGCUCAUCAGGAACUUCUCCAAGAGGCGAGAGAGCAACGAGUCGGAUGCCGGCGAGUACGACUGCGCGGCGCAGAACCGCUACGGGUUGCUGAUCAGCCGCAAGGCGCGGGCGCAGCUGGCCUCGCUCCCAAAGUUCCUGUCCCACCCACAGUCCCUGGCCGUGGACGAAGGGGGUGUGGCCAGACUCAGCUGCCAGGUGAACGGGAUUCCUGAGGCAAACAUCACCUGGCAGAAGGACCGCCUCCCUCUGAGCACCGCCGACCCCAGGUACACUCUGCUCCCCAACGGCGUCCUGCAGGUGACCGCCGUCCAGCGCUCCGACGGCGGUCUGUUCCGCUGCGUCGCCUCCAACGUGGCCAACACGCGCUACAGCCGCGAGGCCCAGCUGUCCGUCACCGUUGCAGGGUCCAGAACCUACAAGGAGCCCGUCAUCCUCUCUGGACCUCAGAACCUCACCAUCAACAUCCACCAAACCGCCAUCUUGGAAUGCAUCGCAACAGGAAACCCACGCCCCAUUGUGUCCUGGAGUCGCCUUGACGGCCGGUCCAUCGGCGUGGAGGGCGUCCAGGUCCUGGGGACGGGGAACCUGAUGAUCUCGGACGCGUCUCUGCAGCACUCCGGGGUUUACGUCUGCUCCGCCAACCGGCCCGGCAGCCGGUCCAGAAGAACUGCGCUGGGACGCCUGGUGGUGCAAGCUCCUCCAGAGUUCGUUCAGUGGCCGCAGUCCGUCUCCCGGCCAGCAGGGGGCAGCGCCGUCUUCAGCUGCACCGCCACCGGCGUCCCCCAGCCGCACCUCAUCUGGCUGAAGAAUGGCAAGCUGCUGGCACCCGGCGCCAACGUCAAACUCACCAACGCCAACACGACGCUGGCCAUCACACGCAUCUCCGCAGAGGACGAGGCGAUCUACCAGUGCAUUGCGGAGAGCGGCGCCGGUACCAACCAGGCCAGCGCCCGGCUGGCGGUGGCGCCAGGGCCGGCGUUGCCCGAGGCGCCCGCCGGGCUGCGAGCCGCCGCUCUGAGCGCCGCAGGUUUACGGCUCACCUGGGACCGGCCCGACCCGCAGGACGCCCGGCGGGUCAUCGGAUACGUGCUGCACAUCCGGAGGCUGGGAGACCCCGACGGCGCCGAGCUGCAGGAGGCCGUGGACCAGAACACCUUCAGCCACGACGUCCAGAACCUGGAGGCCGCCACCAGCUACCACGUCUACCUGAAGGCGUACUCUGCUGAGGGUGGCAGCCCGCCGUCCGCCACCGUCACCGCCACCACGCUGGGCGGAGUUCCCAGUACUCCCAGUUUCUUCACCAAGGUGCUGAACCAGACGGCCAUGCAGGUGUACUGGGAGCUGCCCAGUAAACCAGGGAAGGUGGAGGGCUUCAGGCUGCAGUACCAUGGGGUCUCCAACCCCGACGUCCAGGGGCAGGAAGUCUUCCCAGGACACAUCAACACUCACACCGUCUCCAACCUGGAACCAGCAGCGGUUUAUGAGAUCCAGCUGGUGGCGUUCAACGGGAACGGAGACAGUCCGUCCGCUCGUCGUCUGGUGUCUCUGGCAGAGGGCGGAGCCUCAGCAGCAGCUGGUCAGAGCUGUAACUGCGACCAGUCCGACCCGUCCAUGUCGACGCUGCUGGUCGGCGUCCACAGCGGCCUGGCCUGCGUCCUCUGCUGCCUGCUCUUCAUCCUGCUGGCGUAUAGACGCAGUUUUAUCUGCAGAAAGGAGAGGAGCUGGGAGACUCCAGCCACCCUGACUGGAGUGAGAGGGCCUAAAGGUCAAAGGGCAGAGAGCGUUGAGCUGAGCCAGAGAUGUGACUCCGCCCCUCCUCCAGUGACCGUCAUGGUUGAGUCGAGUCGAUCUGCUGAAUCUGGACCCGGAUAACCCCCCCACAGGGACGGUGGGUUAGACCCCCCCCCCCUCCCCCCCCCCACCCCCACCCCACACACACACACACACACAGCCUCACCUCCACCUUUAAAUGAUGAAGCUGCAGAGACUGACCGCUCUGUUCACUACCUCUCCCACAUUGAGCCAAAGCUGAGUCCCUCUAACCCGGUACCACGAUGACCUGGUCACAUUGACCCUGACCCCUGACCCCUGACCCGGACCGUCCUCUGUGGAAUCAGAGUCACUUCCUGCUCAAACCAAAACCUUUUUUCUUUAGUUUGGUGUCGUUUCCGUUUGAUCACCAACUGUGCCGAGUUCCCGCCGGUCCGACCAGAACCGGGCCUCAGAACCACCUGAGCAGGUAGCGGACCUGCCGGGCCUCUGGGGCCAGAACCAAAGGGAUUACCACGUUCUGGCCAGCAGGUGGCAGCAGAGUUCACUGUAGGUCAGAAAGUGGAGGAAGAGCUGCCCCCUACACCCCCACACCACUACCUCAGGCUUUGACCUCUGACCUCCUGCUGCUCAGGCCAAGCUACCUCACAACCAAAAGCUCCAUGAUUGUCCCUUGACCUCUGACCUCUGAGCUGCUGCAGAGGUGAAGCAGGACAGUUUGGACAUGGUGGACACGUCUCUGUGGGACGUCCUCACCGUCUCUUUAUGAACACAUAAAGGCGGGCGUGGCCACUUCCUGUCGGCCAUGUUUCAGCGUACCUGUGAUGUGUUGGAGCCAAAUAUUAACGCGCUGAACGGCGUCCAAAGAGGAAGUUCUGAUCCAGAUUCAGUUUGUUUUCGCUCUGAAGAACAAAGGAACCAAAACGACGAGUUUCUAUUGGACGACGAGUCCAAACGACCAAAUGAGAGACAGAUGGAGACACCUGCAGCUCCACCUUCACCUCUGACCUCUGAGGUUCAUAUGGAGAACCACAGAGGGCCUGGGAGUUCACCGAGUUAGGUUACAAGUCUUUACGGUGACCCCUGACCCCCGACCCUGAGGACGGCCUGCAGUAAAACUCGGACCUGUCCCUUUAAACUCCCAGCGUAGAACUGGAGGACACGAGUCCAUCAGUGGAGUCCCCCCCGCUAAGCCCCGCCCCUCUGUCCUCGGGGUCACAUGUCUGCUCUGCCAGGAGCUUCUUGCUGCCUUGGUGUCGGUUCUGGAGCGACCCGGUUUCAUGCAGAGCGAAGCCUUUAAUGUUGCUAAUUAUUCUGGUUUUCUAGAACUUUCUUCCGUCAGCUGAGUCCAAGUUUCGGUCGCCGCCAUCGGCGGCGGACAGGAAGCUCUGCCAAAUUCUGCUGAUGUGAAGACGAUUCCCGUAGACCCAGAACCCCAACCCGUUUUUACUCUGUUUGUAGAUGAAAACUGCUUCCAGCUGGAGGAGAUGGACCGGAACCAGAAUUGGAACCAGAACCUUCCAGCUGGAGCAGCUCUAGAAGCUGUAGAUCAUAGAGAUUUGAGGCUAGAACCAAUGAUGAAAUGCUUUAAUGGUUUUCUAGUGAAGCGCGGAGCUUUAACUGAUUCUGAUGGAGAUUUUUGUCUGUUUUGAAUGAAUUUUCUGGAAUGUUUGAAUAUUUUUCCUGCUGUUGGAACAAGCAGCCAUUCUUCUCUCUGUUGUUUAGACGCCAAAUAAAAGUUAUUCAUGUAGAAACUGGA